GUCGGCGGCGCAGGCACUCGGCGGACUGACAACAAGAGUAUUUUAGCGCGUUUUCGUGAUUAAACAGACGUAGAGGCUUGUGAUAAGUGAAAGGGCAAGCUCAACUCGGAGUCCUGUUACUCAGAAUGCUGAGAGUUUCGACCGCUCACAGUUCUUGAACCCGAACCGGGGUGGAGGAGACCAACCUCUCGGUUAUAGCAUCAGGAAAGAGCUAUUAAGUCUGCAGUUAUGGCAAGUCCACUACCACAAGGACGACUAGCAGUACUUCAGACAUAUAAGCUCCUCCAAUGUGUACGAGAAGAGAACAAGCCUCAGAUAAAGAAGAUGGUUGAGCUUGGUGUUCCUAACCUCAUCAAUUUAGUUGAUCCUGGUGAUGGAAACAGUGCCCUUCAUUUGGCUGCAUUAGAUAACAAUGCUGGCAUGUGUAGUUUUCUUCUCUCAUUGAAGGCUUAUCCUGACACACAAGACAAAAAUGGAUGUAGCCCAGUAAUGAAAGCAGCUGAACUGGGGCAUGAUAACAUAGUCGCAGUGUUUGCAAAGGCUGGAGCAAAUAUGAAAGUAGUGGACAAUGAGGGCAAAGGUAUUUUGUUUUAUUGUAUUCACUCUACUAAAAGACAUUUACGCUGUGUUCAGAUUGCUCUCUCACACGGUGCUGAUGUUAACAACUGUUCAGUCUCAGGAAGACCCAUAUUUGUUUUAGCUUGUGAACAAGCUCUGACAUGCAAACCAAUAUGUAUGAACAUUUUGGAAAAUGGUGCUGAUCCAAAUGCAACAGAUCAGGUUACUGGGCAUACAGCAUUAAUGGAAGCUGCCAAAUCAGGAGAUGCUGAACUUGUUCGAGCCAUUCUUUUAAAAGGAGGGAAUGUGAAUGCUCUAGACAAAAGGAGAAAUCAUGCUGCACAUUUUGCUGCAUUGGGUGGUUUUUUUGAGGUAAUACGGGUACUUUCAGCAUAUAGUGCUGAUCUAGGUGUUGUGAACAUGGAUGGAAACACACCUCUUCACCUUGCUGCUAAAGGUGGAUUUGCGGAUUGCUGCAAAUUUCUGUCUCAGAGAGGUUGCAAUCCUAAACUGAAAAAUUUAGAACUAAUGACCCCAAGGCAGGUAGCUAAAGAGAAUGGCCACAAAGCAGCUAUGAAAGACUUACGUAAAGCUGAACGACUUAGCAAUAAAUACUCCAAGCCUGGAGUAAAGAAUCCCAAUGAACUUUGGGCAAUCAGACUAUAUGACUGGGCCCUUGAGCAUGAAGAGAAGCUCCGCAUUGCUUUUCAGAUUGAGGAGGAGAAUGAUGCAGUCGCAAAAGAUGUGUUUGCAUCCGUUCUUCAUGAUCAUGGAGCACCUGUUGAACAUGAAGGUUUAAAACAGAUUAUUUCAACUCUUGACAAGAGUAAUCAAGGAUCUGUCAAUGUCCUUGAUUUGUUCAAAGGGAAUAAGUAUUUACAAAAAGCAUUUUUGAUAUCUUCAUAUGGUGCAAAGAAGAAAAAAAAGAGAAAAGGAAGAAAGGGAAAGAAAAAAGGCAAAUUUUCUAUUCCCAUGCCAAUAUGCGUGGUUCCCCAGGACUUGAUACAUCGUAGGGAAGACGGUGGCCCACCACAUUUUAUGAUUGAAAAUUACCAGCCUUUUACUGACUUCAGUAGAUUUGAUCGAGAUCAUGUUCCUCUACACCCCAUAGAAGAUGACUCAGCAUGGUACCUUGACCAGCCAGAUAAAAGUUACACACAUAUAAAUUACUGUGUGAAAUCUGGAGAUUUUGAAUCCAUAAAACUUGCUUUCAGCCAAGGUGUGCCAGUAAAUGUGCAGGACCAAUUCUACAAAACUCCACUCAUGUGUGCUUGUGCUCAUGGAAAUUAUGAAAUAGCCAAGUAUUUGAUAAAAAUGGGUGCCAAUGUAAAUGCAUGUGAUCAGUUUAAGUGGACACCUCUGCAUCAUGCAUGCCAUGCUGGACAGCUGGAUAUCAUUGAACUAUUGAUAGAGGCCGGUGCAGAAGUAGAUGCUAUUGCAAUAAAUGGAUCUACCCCUCUGAUGAGAGCAAUAGAAAGUUGUAGAAUGAGCUGUGUUGAGUAUUUGUUAAAAGCUGGUGCAAAGAUUCAGGUUCAAAAUAAAAAAGAGCAAAAUGCAUUGGAUAUUGCUAAAGCCUAUGCUGAUUUCCGAAUUAUCCAGCUGUUGCAAGAGAAAUUUGAUGCUCUUCCAAAACCCAAAGAAAAAAGUAAAAGUAAAGGAAAAGUAGGUCCUAGACCAAAAUCAACAUCGAGUACACUAAAAAGCAAGCAGUCACCCAUACCUACACUUUCACCAUCAACUCCUGCUACUGUAGAAAAGUUGGAAUCACUGAAUGACAGUGUGAUUUAUCAAAACACAAGAAUUGCUAAUGGAGCCAUGAAGAAGGUUGACAUUACUUUUGUGCCAAAAACGGUUUGGGGUGAUCAACCAACAACAAGAGACCUCAUUAAAAGGAAAGAAGAACGAAGAAUGCGGUUUUCCAGUGAAGUGGAUUUUGAAGACUUUACAAUGCCAUUUGAAAAGAACAUCAUGAAAAAAUCUUUAGAAUUAGGAGGUCCAGACUAGAGCAAAUAAAUUCUUACAUUAAAUAAAUGUUAAGUAAUUGGUACAGCUUUGUAGCAUCCUAUAAAUUAGGAUUAAAAUGAAGACUUGUGACUUAAAAACUACUGUCAAAGCAAAUGUAUGCACUUUAAUAGCUUUCAACAGCAACGCAGUAUACAAGAUUCCCCAAAUGCAGACCUUUCACAGCACAAUUUAUCCAAUUUUUAUAAUUGUUAAAUUAGUUCUUCCUAAUGGUAAUUAUGUCUCUUUAAUGUUUGUGUUUAGAUUAUACAAGAUUUAGUUUCUCCUGUAGUUACAGUAGGAUUUUAAUUGAAUGUUACAGUUGACUGCUUGGUGAGAACAGCAUAAGAGAUUUUUCAGUAAGUUAAUUGUAUUUUUGAUACAUUUUACAAAAGUACUUUCAUUUUUUAUUUAAUCUCUGCAAUGAUUUAAAUUAAUACUUUCAAUAAUAGUUUCAAAUUGCUAGUACAGCACAUGGCAUCCUCUCAGUUUGAGACACAUUUUUGGUUUCUACCGUGCUGUAAUGAAAAGCAAGUAAUUAUUCCUACAAAGCCAUUGAUUGUCUUAGCUUUAUUCUAUAAUUGUUUCAGACGGUCUGUUUAUACAUUUUACGUUUAUAUUCUCUAUUAUUAAGACUUUGAAUUAUGGAAGUUUUAAAAAUCUUAACAGUUCUAGUGGUCAUAUUUGUAAACUGCAUGAAAUGACAGGCUUGUACAGGUACAGAAGAACUAUGAAAAAUACAGACUGCUCUGACUAAACUUGCCUACACCUGGUAAGCAGAGAUUAAAUCAUGCAUCUGUCAGUUCAGAAAAACUUUCUAAUUUGAAUACAGACUGUCUUACAUUGAAUGAAGUGAAAUCAAAAAUUGCAGGAAGAAUAUGUUCUCUGCUUUGUCUGUUGUGCAUCCUCCCAACCAACCUCCUAGGGAACUUAUUACAAGUAUGGUGUCCACCAGCAUGUCUGAAACAUGCAAAUACGAUAAUCUAAGACUCAGGUAGUGAUGCACCUUAAAUUUAAUUGUUAUAUUGGUGCUGGAAACGUACUGUUUCAGAAAUGGAAAAAAAAAAAAAUAACCUAAUUUUUUAAGACUUUAAGUGACUUGUUUUUUCUUACUCUCUUUUUGUUUUUUCUUCUGUUUUAUUUUCAACAAUUCAUGCUUACCUUUAAAGAUUUUUGCAAGGAUUCUCAAUUGCUUCAAUUCAUUGAAACAAUUUUAGAAAUUUGUUACCAUUGCUGAAAAUGUACAAAAAUAUAGUAAUACAUAUCGUCUUA